UUUCUUCUAUGCUUUGCAUCAACGUAGAAGUCUGUCAGGCUUGUUACUCAGUUAAGGUCAUUAUGGGAGUUCAAUUAGAAUCUGAAACUUCUUCAAGAAUGGUGUCAUCCUUAACUGAAAUAGGUAUACUGCAUCUUGUGGAGAAAGGCGUAUAAGAGUACAUACAGCAGCAGUUCCAGUAGUUAAAGACUUGGUAGAGAUGUAUCGCUUGGCUGAUACUGGUGCAAUUUUAUCUCUGUUUAGUAGGCUGGCAAUUGAGAAAACAUUAUCCCAUAAACUUGAAGAUGCCCGGUGUGCUGUACAUUUAGGAAUUGUGAAAGGCCUCCGAGAUUAUCGAAAUAUCUAUGCUGGGCAACAGCGCUUGGUGAAUAGGAUGAUAUAUCCUGAGUCAUUAAAGUUCCUACCCAUGUAUGGUUUAGCUCUUUGUAGAUCAGCACCUCUCCGUGGUGGAUAUGGGGAUGUUUCAUUAGAUGAACGGUGUGCAGCUGGACACACAAUGAUGACCCUAACAGUAAAAAGGAUGUUGAAACUUCUCUACCCUAGUUUGCAUCGACUUGACGAAUAUCUUCUAAAUGCUGGUGAUUUGAAAAAAAUUGAUAGAAGGUUACCUUUGACUAGGGAGAGCUUGGAUUCUAGGGGCCUUUAUAUAUAUGACGAUGGCUUCCAGUUCAUUUUAUGGUUUGGUAGAGUGAUUUCACCUGACAUAGCUAAGAACUUACUUGGGUCUAACUUUGCAGCAGAGUUUUCAAAGGUUACUCUAAAUGAGAAUGAGAAUGAUACUGAAAUGUCUCGGAGGCUGAUAAAGGUACUUGAGAAGCUCAGAAGUACUGACCGUGCAUAUUACCAGUUGUGCCGCCUUGUGAGGCAAGGUGAACACCCCAGAGAAGGAUUCCUUCUUCUUUCAAACCUGUUUGAGGACCAGUUGGGUGCUAAUAAUGGAUAUGCUGAUUGGAUGAUACAGAUUUCCAGACAAGUGCAACAAACAUAAUAUAGAGGAUUGUUACGUGUAUCGUAAUUGAAGGAAUUUUUCGUUUCUUCAUUAGAAAUAAAUUGAGUUUAUGCAUGGGAUGCAUUACAAGCGUGGAUGCUUGACUAGGCUAAUUGGUCGUUAGAAGGAUGUUUCAUGGACACUGCAAGUUCGACCUGGAAUGUAUCAAUUAGGUGAACUGUAACUUAGUGAUUAGAUUCAAAGUGUUUUUCUUUCCUAGGAAUAGAAAAUAAAACUCUUUUGGAUAGGUUGCAGUUAUCUGAGGUAUAAUUUCAUUUUUUAA